CAACGUUAACAGUUCGUCGCAGCGGCUGCUCUUGUAGUCGUCGUCAUUAUCGUCGCCGUCGCCGUCUUUAUCGUCACCAUCAUCGUCAUCAUUACGCUUCGCGGUUCGGGUUCGAAGUGACUCACACAGUGCGCUUGUACACAACACCAAUUGAUAACGUCUCGCCGUACUAAGAGAGAGGAGAGCAAGUCACACAGCAUAAUUAGCUCAAAAUUUUCGAGGGUCAAAUAGUGCAUUUUGUAGCCGGCCUUAGUCGUGUGCAAGGCGUUCUACACCAUUCGCGUUUGUUUUGAGUGAAAAAUCAUGAAACAAUCAUUCCUGGAAAAGAAGUUGAUUCAUUACUAAAGUCAAAAUUUGAAAUUCAAAGUAAACGAUCGCUUCUAUAUUAAUGUGCGCGCUCGUUUAUACCCACACUCCACGUGUUGGCAUUCAGUAGUUUUAUUAUUAUUUUUUUCGGGAUGAUCUAAUGCAGGCCAGCCGUGCGUGUUUGUGUUAGUGCUAAUGGUAACUAUAUUGUUUUUGUUGUUGUUACUUUACCUUAGUCAGAUAGAGGCACAUUAGUGCAAUCGCUGCAUUACCACUGCGAAAGGAAAAAAAAACAUUGUAGCGAACGGCUGAUUCUGCCUAGGCGUACCUCUUCUUAAAAGCGAUGAAUUGUGCAUAAACUGGUGCAGCGGUUAAAAGGCUGUGUGUGAAAAGAAGAUUAAACGCGGCAACCGCCUUUGUUGCUGCACUAAGUGGAAAAGUGAAAAGAGAAGAAUAGUUAAAUAUUUGCAAAUUGCAAUUGAUGUUGAACAAUUAGUGUUAUUUCAACAGAAUAGAAAACGGUACAGCAAAAAUGAUCAAGCGAUAAGUAUGUGCAAUCUUAAAAGAAAAAAAGUAAAUCUUCUCUGCAAUCGUCUGUGAUAAAAGUGCAAAACAGGUGAAAAAGAAGAUUUCAAGAAAUCGUUAUAAAUAAGUGUACGUAUGUGUGUUUACAUAAGUGUAUGAAUGUCCAGUGUGGCACUGACAAGUUCGGAUUGGUACUGCAACGAGCGUUCUGCAGCGAAAAAGUGCUCUUCCCCAAUUAUUUUUGGCUGACGCUAUGAUAUCAGUGAAACGUUGCGCAGCCACCAAUAUUAGUGCCAGUCAUCAUCAUCACCAGCAUCACGCGCAUCACCAUAAUCAGCCGCACAGCCAAGGCAAUCCGAACUCGUCAACGACGGUCCAAAUUCGAAGCAGCAGUGCAGGCCGUGCUGCCAGCAAUAACAGUGCUGGCAGUGGAAGCUCCAACAAUAACCGGCUGAUCCGAAGUCGGAACAGUUAUCAGCACAUCGGUGGUAGUGGUGUUGCCUACACGAACGGCGGUUACUCUUCCGGCGGAUUGUCCGGGGGAGGACCGACCAACGGAUUUUCGUCGCUUCUGACUAACGGUAGUAGUGGAAGUUUGUAUCACAGCACCAGCAAUAAUAGUGUGCUGGGCUCGAAGAGCCGAAACAUUGGUGGUGACAUCUACGAGUUUGACAGUUUGUUCCUGGUGCCAAAAUGUGCGCUCACCUACGAUAAGGCGAUGAGCCUGCGGAAGGAUCUGGCGGCGUACGAUUUCAACAUUCGCAUUCUCGAGGAUACUCCCAAGGGGAACGUUUGGAUAUCUGGAAACAGGGAUGCAAAUGCGCAAAAACAGACCAGACCAUCUUCAGCUAAUAAAGACAGCCGUCGUCGACACUCUGUAGCGCAUACAUUGCACUGGUUUGCCUGCGUGGGCGAGGAUAUCGAUAUUAAUGGGUUCAAUGACGAAGAGGAACAACAAAAGGAACGUGAAGAGCGAAUAAAACAGAUCAAGGAACGGCAGAAUGAGGAACGGCAGCGAAAGCUAGAGGAACUGAAGGCACAAGCACUGGCGGCGCAGAAAUUUCGUGAACAGAAGGAAGAGGAACGCCGACGCCGAAUGGAGGACCUGCGACGACGCGAAAACGACCGACGCUCACAGGUGGAGGAGCGACGGCGCGCGAUACAGGAAGCGGACAACGAACGGCGACAGUACAUACUGCAGAAGAACCAGGAACGGGAACAGCGAAUGGAAACCAAACGGCGCAACGAGCGCAGCUCGAUCGCGUUCGCGUUCGGGUCGUCGACCCCGCGUAUGAUCGACACUGGUGAUAGUGGCAUGAGCAGCUCGUUCUGGACCAACCGUCGAGCAACAUCUAUCACAAAUGUAGCGUACACCGGGGCACCACUGACGCGUCGCAGCUCCGAACGGGAACUCCCCGACGGAAACUCCAAAAAACGUGCUACCUCCGCUAGUGGUUUAGAUAGAUCGACCGACGACAUGAGACGAAUGUCCAGCUCCAUGUACGAGGUAUUCAACUGGGCCCAGACGAGCGAAUGUCCGAAAAAGUUGACCCUCUCGCUGGCCGGUGCUGGUAUCAACAUUGACGAACCGCCGUCUAGUGCGGAGCGAGCGGCCGCUGCGAGUGCAAGAAGGGACGAUUCGGCUGACAUGAGCUACCAGCGUACCGUCAAUCGACGCAAAACCGAUCUUAUGCCCACCAUUCCUAGUCCUCGCGAUAGCUCUAGAUCAUCUCUCGGCACUCACACUCCCAGAACACCAGGUCGAGCUUUCUCGAUGACACGCCUAGACCAGCUGGCCCAACCACGCCGUCGCAACGGCGAACACAUCAGUGCAAUCAUAGAACGCGAGCGCCGUCAAGCUAUGGAGUUGGAGAACUUGACCCGCCUCUCGUUAUCCUCGUCCCGUUCAUCGCCGACGGCCAACGGUGGUGCCGCCAGCAAGCGAAUGUCACGCAGCAUGUCCCAGUUGGCGAGUAGCGGCUCGGCCAAGUACCGUAAUACGUCCCAGGACUCGCACUCGGGUCGUUCCGCAAGUGUGCGCAAGUCCUCCUUCAAUUCAUCACUGCUGGGCGAGAAUUUGAUGAGCCGUUCCGACACGUCCAAGAGUAUGUCCCAGCUGAAUACGGCAGGACGUGUUCCACGACUUACCAAGGCGGAACGGCUCCGGCAGCAGGUUCGCGAACAGCUGAACGGUUCCAUGGCGGUAACAGGUUUGCGUUCAGGGGAAAUAACGCCCAACAGUCUAACAGCGUCCCGUCCAGGCAGUGCAAUGUCCAGCUCAACCACAGCUUCCGGUGUCGUGUACCGACGUUCGAUGCCAGCGGCCACCAGUCAUCCCCGCAGGCCGCGCCCGUUCUCCAUUGCCGUGACGGGAGUUUCAGCCGGUCCGAAAGAAGAGAAACCCCCACUUCCGAAAAUAUCCGCAGCUAGCAGUGGCACUAGUGGUGGCACUUCAGUGGAGCGCAAACGUUCUCAAAGUGGCACCAGCACCCCGGUCAGGGUGGCACCAGCGGUGGACAGUGCUACCAAAAAGCACUCCUCAGCGGAAAAAGUACGCAUUAGCAGUGCUCGUGGUACCCCGAAGGCAUCAUCAACUCCUCUGCAGUCACCGGGACCGGAUAAGACUAACCGAACCCUAAACGAUUCGCUACAGCAGAAAACACAGAAACCGAAACCAAAAGUGGACGAGUCAUCGCUGGUGGCAUUGCAACAGGGGCAAACUUUAGUCAAGCAAGGAUCUUCGGUCAGUGCUAAAAGUGCUGAGGAAAAUACAGAGACGGUGGAGCAAAAACAGGAGCAAGUUUUGAUACAAUCGGAAACCGUUUCCGUUUCUACCACCGUAGUUGAAACAGCCGAACAGCAGCAAACCAUAGUAACUGAGAUUAAAACAGAAGAAGUGCAAAUCGAUUCGGCAAUGGAAGAGCAUCAACCACAGUUGAAGAGCUUGGAAAUUAGUAAUCACGAAGAAAAGCAAGAUGAAACUAAGGAAGCGAACCUCUUGGAACCAGACCAAAACGGAGACGGAUCUACGAAUGAUUUAAUGACAGCAUCAAUGAUCGCUAAACGCAUUACCACGGAAGAGGAAGCGAAAGCUGCGCUGGCCGAGCGUCGCCGUCAGGCUCGCGAAGAAGCUGAACGUCAGGCAGAACUCGAACGUCAACGUGUGGCCGCCGAGGAAGCAGCAGAAAUACAGCGCCAGCUAGAGGAAGAAGAGCGCCUUCGCAAGCUCGAAGAGGAAACGAUUCGUCUGGCGGAGGAACAACGGCGCCUCGACGAGGAACGUCUCCAGCAGGCCAUAGAAGAGGCCAAGAAACGCGACGAGGAGGAACGUCUGCGUCGCGAAGAAGAAGCUCGCCAGAAGGCCGAACGCGAGGAAUCGGAACGUAAGGCACGGGAGGAAGCCGAACGACAGCGUGUCGAAAUGGCCGAAAGACUUAAGAAGGAGGAGAAGGAGCGCGAGGAACGACGAAAACGCGUGGAAGCUAUCAUGUCCAGAACGCGCGCCAAGGGUAGCGCUAAUAAUACGCCUACCAAGCAAUCCGAUGAAAACAAAGAUGACGUCAUGAGUAAAAGUCAGAUUGUGACAUCUGAUAACCCAGCAGCUCUGCUCGAUCCAACGAUGUCAAUGACCGAAUCCAUGCUGGGUUCAACAGAUCCCCAGCCGUCGGAAACGGAUGUGGCAUUUCCAGUUCCAGCAGAAGCACCAACUAGCGAUAAAGUGGACCAGUUGGCCCAGGAUGUUCAGUCGCUGUCGCUUGUAGAUGUGGGAAGCGAGGUCAAUCAGCAAAAUAAUAACAAUAAUAACAACAACAGCAGUAGCUUGAACAAUAAUCAUAACAACAAUAAUGAUAGAAAUGAAGAGAGUGUAGCCGUUUCUAACUCCGGAAAGAGCAACAGCAGCGCUGACUACGAGCGCUCGGUAACGGAGAAGGAGAACUUUCUGCUAGGCAGCUUUAACAACAAUCUGAACAGCAACGGUGGCAGUGGGAUCGGUAGCAGUCAGCAACCCUCGUCACUGGAGUCAAGCUCGUCGCCAGUAGGAGCUACAACCAAUGGCAAGUCGACGUCCGGUGCAACGACGAUUGCCGAAACGACCGAGCUGAUUAUUGAGGAUGCGAUCAUGAGCGGUCAGACGAACGGUCACAAGAACGGCAGUAUUGAUAAUGUGUUUACACAAGAUCUACCGGCUGUUGACAGUGCCACGAAACCAUUCCUAGUGACAUUCGACACCAGUAGUCCCAGCGCUACUGCAACAGCAGUCGAUUUUACACUCUCGUCAGCAGCCGACGUUGUCGCCGAGCAGAACAACGAAAAUCACAAUCUCCUGGAUUCGACAACAUUUACCAAUGUGACAACGACCACUGCCACAACAGCUGGCCAGUUGAUCGAUUUCGGUAGUUUUCAGAGCUCGCUGGCCGAUGAAGUGCCACAGCAGCAAAGUGCGACCGUCCUCGCCAGCGACGAUCCGUUUAAUUUGAACCUUAACAACAACAACAAUUUUAGCGAUCAUCUUCUGAUUAAUAGUAGUAACAACGGUACCUCAGCUUCCCCUUCCCUGUUCACCACCGGCGAUGCAAAUUUGAUCAGUAGUAGCAAUUUCCUAAACAAUAACUCUGCGAGGCUAGUCGCAGCAUCCGACAGUCAAGACAACCGAGACUUGUCGCUCUUGUAAACGAGUAAGUAGUGAUGAAGGCAAUCGCUUUUCUUCCGAUAACAUACACAACUACUACAAGGACCGGCGAGGAAGUACUCAACUUUAUUUACUAGCGAAAGCCAGCUACAGAGAAUAUUGGAAAUAAACAGCAGUUAGUAUGUGAUUAUUACUACUUAUUGAAACCAACAAAUAAUCAGCUUUCACUAGUAAAGUGCGGUAACGGCAGCCAAAGAACAAUAAUAUCAUACAGGUGCAGGAACGUUUUCAAAGGUCAGUCCCAAAUAGUAAGCUUUACGAGAAAAUUCCUCCGAUAUUUGAUAACGAGCAUCUCAGUAUGAUUUACUGAUGGAUUGCGCCACAUUUUUUGCCAAUGUUUCAAAUCCAUCAUUCGAGGGUAGACGAUAUCUAUUAUCAAUCAAUCGCUCUUCUAUAGACAUCGUCUACUUUCUAACUAUCGUUCCUUGCAAUUGGUUUUAUUUCUUGGGAAGAGCAAAAUGAUUUUGUUUUUAUUUUAAAGUGUUGUGAUCGCUCCAAUACCUUUCUGUAAAUACAGUUCCAUGCUUGGAGAUAUUGUUGUCUUUCGAUUAUGAAUAAUCAAACUUCCACCGUCGCACACUUUUGACUCGUGAAAAUUAAGGCACAUUAUUCAAUUUAGCGGUUUUAUACUAAUCGCCGGCGCCGGUGCUAAUCACUGUAACAAAGGGAGGUGUAAACGCGAUGAAUGAGUUAGUCUAGGUUUGAAAAUAAUGCACCCGGUAGACUUGAAAUGAGGAAAAAUAUAUCUUCUAACUAAAUCUCAUUGAACCUACUGUGAAUAAAUAUCAAGCAACAUAAAUUUCGCAUCAAACCAAGUUCUAACACUACUUCAUACGGAUGCAUUAAGUCAAAUUCACGGUGAUACAUGAUUAAAACGGAAAAUGCUAAUGAAAAGAAAACUAUCGAAAUUGAAAAAUAAAACAAAAAAAAAUCAAAUAAGUAAUAUAUUAUUACAUACUAUAUCAAUGUUGAUAACGUUAACAGCCUUACCCCUAUCUGAUUGAUUACCCAUUAUUAUAAUGAUUGGAUUGCUCCUAGAUUUUCUGGCUUGGGCUGCUUGAGCGCAGUUAAUUAAAACUACACACAUACUAUCAAACCACGAAAGAAAGAAAAAAAAAAGAAACCAUAACGAAAAUCAAAUCGAUGAGUUUAGUUUGACUAUACAUAUAAGUUAAGACAUGCGAAGCAACAAAACACAAAGCCUGCAGUGCAUUGUCGCUGUGACUUUAAAACGAAAAAGAAUAGGAAUGGUUAAAUAAAUGAAUAAUUAAUUCUAGUAUUCUAAUCUGUUAAAUUAUGUAUAAAAACACAAAAUGGAAGCAAAAAUGGAUUAAAAUGUACCGUCAUAUAAUUGUAGUUUGAUUAUUGCUAACACUUUUCACGGAAACACACAAGAGUAAAAGGCAUACACUUGAGGUAACUGAACAAUACAAAGAAAAAAAAUAUACACUACACGAACGAUCCAGAAAGUCUUAAAAAAACAAGACGGCACGAAGAUACCUUUUGCUGCAAUAGUAGUUAAACUGUAAUGUUUAAAAAAAAAGCAUCAAACGAUUAUUAACAUUAAAUUAUUUUGUUUUCGUUCGCGUGCGUUUUAGAGAGACACGCAAGCAGUACAUUGUUUUGUUUUAAUAAAUAGUGGACAGGAAAAACCCAACCAAGUGCUAUCGAAAAAAUGGAGAAAAAAAAACACAAAAACGUUGGCCUUGCAUUACUUUCAGUUCCUUCCCAGGACCGCGUUCGAUGGACGCGGCUGGUCGUGCUUUAUUGAACUAAGCUGCAAUCUUUGCCCUAUACAUAUUAACAGAACCGCAAGCGACAUUCUUUUUGCUCAUUUAUCCAUCCGACGAGUGAAGAACACUUAAAUUGAAAAUCAUGUAAUCGACUUCUUUCAACCAGCUAGUAGGAGCUCUGCUCGAUCUUUGAUCCUACGGAAUACAACACAACAUACGAACGUAUAAUCACCGUGAUUCUCUAUUUGUGUUAUAUAAAUUAGAUGACAGUAAUAAAUAAAAAAUUGAUAGCUAAAGUCCUAGAGCUUGGAAAGCCGUUCAGGCUCAAAGUAUUUAAGCGUUUGCCAGAGCUUGAACGCUUCCGAUUUGUGUGGCACGCCAGUUUUCGAGGAAGGAAGCUGGAACCCGGCCGGGUUUUUUUUUUGCAAGUCAACAAAAAAACUUGAAGAUGAGCAUUGAUGUUGAAGCUAAGAAUCAAGUAACUUACCUAAACAACACACAGUGAUUGGGAAAAUGAUGACUUUGAGAGAUACCUAGCAGAUAGUAGUUAUGACUAAUGAAAGAGAGAAAGAGAGAAGCAGAACAUUGCGGUGAAACAAAGAUGACGAUGUGAGCGAAACAGAAGAUUGAUAAUUCUAUUAAUGCUUGUAAUAAAUGCUUUAUAUAUAAAAUAUAUAAAACCUAUAAAAAAUAUUUAAACAAAUUA